UCAAGCCAUGGAUGCUUUCACCAUAAUUUAUGUCCUUACUUCUUUCCUAAUUCUCUUCACUUGUUGGUCCCUCAUAACUUCUAAGAAUUCGAAAAAGCUACCACCUGGGCCACCCAAGCUUCCCAUUAUCGGAAACAUACACCAACUCGAAAAACAAACACCACACCGAAGGCUUAGAGACUUGGCCCGUAAAUAUGGUCCCAUCAUGCAUUUACAACUUGGGCAAGUGUCAACCGUCGUCAUAUCUACACCCCAACUAGCCCAUGAGAUCUUGAAGAUCCAAGAUCUUAGCUUUUUAGACAGACCCACAGCUACAACCUCUCAAAUAUUUUAUUAUAACGCCACAAACAUUGCAUUUUCUAGUUAUGGGAAUUACUGGAGACAGAUAAAGAAGAUCGCUACUUUAGAACUCCUCAGUGUCAAAAAGGUUCGAUCGUUUUUCCAUAUUCGAGAGGAGGAGCUUAAUCAUGCCUUUAAGUUUCUUGACUCGUCUUCUGAAACAACAAUCAAUUUUAGGGAUCUAACCAUUAAGACGGUUAGUAACAUUGUUAGCAGGGCUGCCUUAGGAGAUGUAAGCAAAGAACGAGAGUAUCUAGUUGAUUGUGCAUAUGCCCAAUUGAGAACAUUCAAUGCUUUUCAUUUGUUCAACUAUUACCCUAGUCUGAGUUUUUUCAAUGUCAUUUCUGGGAAAAAAGCUAAGUGGAUGAAGAUGCACAUGGAGGUAGAUGUAAUCUUGGAAGAUAUCUUGAAGGAGCAUAGAAGCAGACCACGUAGCAUCCAUGAUCAUGAAGAUCUGCUUGAUGUUCUAUUAAGGGUGAAAGACUCUGGUGAUCUCGAUUUUCCCAUCACCGAUGACAAUAUUAAAUCAAUCGUUCUUGAAAUGUUGACGGCUGGGACAAGUUCUUCUUCAAUGACAAUUGAAUGGGCAUUUAGUGAAAUGAUGAGGAACCCGAAGAUAAUGAAGAAAGCGCAAUCGGAGGUGAGAUCAAUAGUGAAGGGAAAUACAAUCACAGAGGCUAAUAUACAAAGUAUGCAUUACAUGAAGUUGGUAGUAAAGGAAACAAUGAGGUUACACGGUGUGCCUAUUUUGCUUCCUAGAUUGAACCCCGUCGAUUGUGUUGUCAAUGGAUAUGAUAUUCCAGCAAAGACAAGGGUACUUAUAAAUUCAUGGGCAUGUGCAACAGAUCCUGGUAGUUGGGAAAAUCCUGACAGCUUCAUACCAGAGAGAUUUGAAAAUAGCUCGAUCAGUUAUGCUGGUUUCGACUUCGAGUUCCUUCCGUUCGGAGCUGGCAGGAGAAUGUGCCCUGGUAUGAACUUUGGGCUAGGUACAGUUGAAUAUGUUAUUGCUAACUUAUUGUAUCAUUAUGAUUGGAAACUUCCAAAUGGAGUAAAACCCCAAGAUGUGGAUAUGAGAGAAAUUACUGGAAUAUCUACACUACCGAUAAAUCCCUUACAAAUUGUUCCUAUCUCCAUUUCAGAAAGAAACUAGGAGGAAACCAUGUGUAUCGUGGUUAUAAUAAUGUUUCUUAGUCAUCCUUGUAUCAUCGUUAUGUUUCUUGCAUGAUUUGUUAUUGUGUGUAUCUUAAUAUUGUACGUUUUUACUUAUAUCAUAAUAAGUCCAAAAUAAAAGGAUGACAAGCUUAAUCUAGAAUGUUAAGUCUUUUGUAUGAAACAAUAAUAUUGUAUGUUAUGGUAUUAUAAUGAAGUGUUUACUUUCCUGUGUAAA